CUAACUCGACGCCUACCCACCCGCCCUGCUGGUUGUCUUCCCCUAUAUAAUUACCCAAUGUUGCAUUCAGUAUUCGUAUUCGAUCCCCUACAAAUUUCUGCUAUCGUGCCUCCCUACAUUUACGAGCGAGCGACACCCUACAAUUAGAGAUGAUAGGUCGAGAUGAAACAGGUCUCAAACGACUCUAAGAGUCGUUUGAGACCUGUUUCAUCUCCGAUCUCUCUCAUCUAUCUCUAACGCCUUCGUGAGCAUAAUCGCAAGAGUCUUGCGAUUAUGCUCACGAAGGCGCGUCGAGCUGCUCGCGCAGUCAUCAGUUCGAAAUGAUCUAACGAUUUUUCAUCAAAAAGAAAAACGAAUUAAACUUCGCCAUCGACAUCUAAUGACCACUUCUUUCGUUGCGCAACAUUCGCAAAGGACUAGAGCUUCUUCAUUCUCGAGCUGCACUAGCACCCGCAGACGCCCACUAACUUGCUUCUGUACUAGAGUGCUGCAUCGUGGUGUGUGCCCUGUAGUUGCUUGCUAACUGCCACCCCUCCAAAUCACUACCUCUGUUGUCCCUAUUUAUCUCCUUCUCCUGCAGGAGUCUGUUCAUCUAUCAUACUCGUGCGGGUCACUGCUUCGGCUCUCCCUUUCGCUGCACGGUCCACAGCCACCGUGACAAGAUCGCAUACUUGGCAUGUGUUGGUCAGUGGCAGUGAUAUAUGAGCUUCUUUCGCCUGCUCGAACUCGAUGAGAAAGAGAAACAAACUUGCCAUCAACAAAAACAAAGCCAAAGGGAGAUUGAGCCACCUUGCCCGAGGAACUCGAGCUUCAAUAAAAACAAAAGCUAAAAGUAGCACUGUCGUGCUCGUCAAGACCCCAUGAAGAUGACUUGCCUCAAUCUCUCACUCUACUGUUGUACCUAGGCAACAUCUUUCCUACCUAACAGCUUUGAUCUCAAGAACAAACAACUCACUAGUAUUCACAACUUCUACUUCAUUCAACAUUCAACAACACUAAUCAACUUCAAGAUCAAGAACAAAGUUCAACAACACUCACCCAAUUAUCUUUUUUAUCAACGCAGUAUAUUACAUCUCUCCACCGCUUUUCGGUCGAUAUCCAAAGGGUGUCGUUGUCGGUGGAGAGUCGAAGACACGACGCGUCUUCACGAUCAUCGCGUUGGUUGCAAGCGGUGAAGCAGAUGAGCAUUUGAUGCAGCAUCUUCAAGGAAAUUUAUACAAUCAAAAUUGACGUUGACCGCCUGCCGGCGCGUUCCAAGUGUGUAGGAAAUUUCGCGCACGUGUGAGUGGGUGUCAAAAAAAUCACUCAAGCGAAGGAACGACGACUACUCUGUGCUGACCGAGGAGUGCGU